GCUCAGCUCAACCUGCCUCCCUCUUUCCACCCUCCUCUCAAUCAGCAAUUAAUUCAUUACUGUGUUGUCCUGUGUGAUUACAGCAGCAGCAGUGUGGCCCAGGGGAGGAAAUGUUUUUGAGAAGGAGCAGAGGAAGGAAGAUGACGUUUCCAAGCCUGGAUAAGCAGCCAUAGAUGCGCUAGUGUGUGUAUGAGACAGGUCCUGAGCGCUGAAGGUCCUGCUUGCCUGCUUACACUGUGUUCGUGUUCCUGAGCCGUGUUCGUGUUCCUGAGCCGUGUUCGUGUUCCUGAGCCGUGUUCGUGUUCCUGAGCCGUGCUCGUGUUCCUGAGCCGUGUUCGUGUUCCUGAGCCGUGUUCGUGGGGAUGCUGAGUAUCUGGAGGCGCUCAGUGAGCGAGGUGCAGGCUCUGCAGGCUGCGGUCAGCGUGUGUAAGAAGGCCCAGGCUUCUCUGGUCAGAGUGACCGCCUGCUUCCAGCAGCUGGUGUUGAGUGUGGGGGGGAGCUCAGACUGCAGCCAACUCCGAGAGGAACUGGAGGAGACCCGGCUCAAAGCUCACCAGAUCAGCACCGGGCUGUGUUCCCGGCUGACGGCCCUGCUGACCGGUGGCCAUCUUUUCGGUGAGGAGCUGCAGGAGGUGGAGAGGCUCUGGGUCCUGUUCCUGUCCAGCCUGGAGCUGCUCCAGCUGGAGCUGCGCAAGGCCUUCCACCUGCAAGCCGUGUUCCCCUUGGCCGGUCCUCGGGACAGCCGGGCGCUGGUCAACACCGGGGCGAGCGGCCGCAGCACGGAGGUGGUAGCUCAGACAGCGAGCGUGCAGACCCCCUGGGGCGAGGCAGAGGAGAAGGGAGAGGGGGCCCCCCCAAAUCUGCUCGGACACAUCGCACAGCUAGACUCCAUGGUCCAGGAGAUGGUGCAGAAGGUGAACGUGCCCAUAUGGACGGUGGCAGCUUCAGAGGAAGGCGACAGGGAGAUGGAGCUAGAGUUAGAGGGAGCCACUUCAGAGGAGAUGCUGACCACUGACGAGGAGCAGAAAAGAGGCUGCUUCAGGGGCUGGCUUCUCUGCUUGAUGUCCUGACAGAGAUACUCCAGCAGAAGCAGUUGCAUUUUUAACCUAAGGAGUAAAAACCUUCUAACCAGGACCUGGGCACCAGUACUUCUUUAUUCUUAGUCUGCUAGACAAGCUUUUCCUAACCCUGAAUAUAGCCAGGGUGGGAAUCCAAUGAAGUGUCAGGGGCUCCGAGUUAGCAUUCAGUGUGUAUGCUUAGUUCAGACAUUGUCAGCUCAAAACAGAUGGAAUGGGUUACAGGUAGGAUAAAAGUGUUACGCAGGGCAAUUAAGUAGUGAAAUAAAAAUGCAUCCCACUUCAACACUCCACUGCAGGCUGAGCAAAGAAAGUGCAAGUGGAACAAAACAAAUCUGCUGAAAUAUUGUGCACUUAGUUAAAUGAUAAGUGAAUAUGCACCAAGAUUGACUGCUAAACUGCUAGAAAAUGUCUUAAUGGUACUGUACACUUCUGUAAAGUCUAAA